AUGUUGCCUGCGCGGGUGCUCCGCGCCUCCCCCGCAUUUGCUGCCCUCCGCCCCUUCACCACCUCCUCCUCCGCCGCUGGCCGUGCCCCCUCCAUCCGUGAUAUCACUCCCCGUAAUGCUGCCGAGUUUAACGCUCGACAAAAGGAGUUUCGUGAGAAUCUAGAGCUUUCCGCCCGCAAGAAGAAACAAGAGCAAGAGAGUCAGUCUGUCAAUUCGUCUGUCCAGAACCCCCCUCGUGACCGUGCCCAAGAACAACAGGACCUCGAUGCCGCUGCCGAGGCCGGCGCCAAGCGAGGCGCCCUGUCCUCGCUCAUCUACGGCACCAAAGAGGGACAAGUGUUUGACAAAGACAUGGAGCGGUCGUUCUCGCAGGUCCUCGCCCGUGGCAAAUACGUCCAUUCGAUCGUCUUCCACGAUGUCAAGCCCGACAAGGUUGACGAGUAUGUAGAUCUCGUCGGCCAGUGGUACCCCAAGAUGGCCUCUAUCCAAGAGAACAAAGUCAACCUGGUGGGCAGCUGGCGAACUCAGGUUGGCGACAACGAUACUUUUGUACAUAUCUGGGAAUACCAGCGCUACACCGGUUACCACGAUUCCCUUCAUUCCAUCUCCGAACAUCCCGAGUUCCGUGGGUUUGACACAAAACUCAAGACUCUGAUCAAGAGCAAAAAGACAUCUCUCAUGCAAGAGUUUUCCUUCUGGCCGACGACAUCUCCUCGCCGCUUGGGCGGUCUUUUCGAACUGCGCUCUUAUACCCUCCACCCCGGCAAUCUACUGGAAUGGGAGACUCACUGGCGCCAGGGACUGCAGGCUCGCCGCGAGGUCAUGGAAGGCGUCGGCGCCUGGUUCGUCCAGAUUGGCGAUCUCAACACGGUGCACCACCUGUGGCAGUUUGCCGACUUGGAGGAAAGAAAGAUUCGCCGCGAGCAGUCCUGGGGCGUCGAGGGCUGGGCCGACACGGUGCACCGAACGGUGCCGCUCAUUCAGUCGAUGCAGAGCAGAGUCCUGAUCCCCAUGCCCUGGAGCCCAGAUAUCUCGCUCUGCUGUCCUUUUUUAAUCGACAGCUCCCCCUGCCACGAGUCAACAAUGACUUGGAUCCGCCAAAAUGACCUCCCCAAGCUGCGGGAAUACAAGUAUUCUGGCGUCGACCACUCGCUGGUGAGCCGGUAUAUUCUCAAGCCUUUUUAUACCAAUUUCGUCAUUCGGUUAUUUCCGAUGGGCAUGGCGCCCAAUCUCGUCACCCUCACCGGCUUCGGAUUCGUGAUUUUGAACUUUCUGACAAUUCUCUACUACAAUCCCACUUUGGACCAGGAUUGUCCGCCGUGGGUGUAUGUGAGCUGCGCCGUUGGCUUGUUUUUGUAUCAGACGUUUGAUGCGGUUGACGGAAUGCAAGCUCGCCGGGCUCGACAGAGUGGUCCUCUGGGUGAACUCUUUGACCAUAGUGUCGAUGCGUGCAAUACGGUCUUGGGAGUCUUGAUUUUUGCGGCCGCAAUGAAUCUUGGACAGACGUGGGCGACCGUCCUUAUUCUGGGGGGAUCUGUUAUGACCUUCUACGUCCAAACGUGGGACGAAUACUUUACUCAUGUCCUGACCCUCGGAAUCGUUUCUGGCCCGGUCGAGGGCAUCCUAACCAUCUGUACCGUCUUCCUGUUCACAGGCUACAUGGGUGGCGGCAGCUUCUGGCACCGGCCCAUGCUGGAAACCCUCGGAGUGUCCAAACCUGCUUUCCUUUCGGACUCGGUGUACGAAAUGUCGUUUACCUCGUGCUAUAUCGCCUAUGGCGGGAUAAUGCUGCUUUUCGCAACGGGCUCCAGUAUUGUCAACGUCAUGAACGCGCGUCGCAAACGCAACGAGAACCCCGUUACGCCGCUCCUCGGACUUUUGCCCUUUAUCAACGUGUGGAUCUUGGUGCCUGUGUAUUUGUACCUGCAGCCGGGAAUUAGGAACAACCACCUGGUUCCGUUUGUGCUGUACAUUGGCAUUGUCAAUGCGUAUUCUGUGGGGCAGAUGAUCACGGCCCAUCUGCUCAAGACUUCGUUCCCCAUGGGCAAUAUCCUGGCCUGGCCGUUGGCAGCCGCCGUGUUUGAUAGUCUGGGCCCGUGGUCUGGUUUGUGGCCCAGUGCGCUAGGCAGCGAUAUUUAUCAGACUGCGUUUUUGUUUACGGCGCUGGGACUUGCGAUUGGCGUGUAUGCCAGUUUUGUCGUUCUCGCGGUCGAUCUCCUCAACCCUACUCCUCAGUCUGAGGCUCGCAAGCACAAGCUCAAGGCUCUCGUGCCCGCCCCUCGCUCGUUCUUCAUGGACGUCAAGUGCCCCGGCUGCUUCACAAUCACCACCGUCUUCUCACACGCCCAGACCGUCGUUAUCUGCGCCGGCUGCUCGACUGUUCUGUGCCAGCCCACUGGUGGCAAGGCCCGACUCACCGAGGGCUGCUCUUUCCGUCGCAAGUAG